UCAUGUGGGAACAAAAGGAUGAUAUAAUCACAGUUGAAGAAUUGGACCAAUUCUAUGUGCUGUGUUCCACGGCUGUCAAAGAUGGCUACCUUGUUGAAGCCAUCAGAACUUUCAAGAAAACUUGUGAAAAAGGAUCCAUUUUAUUUUUACGGAUACAUGCAAGAAUUGCCAACUGCUGUCAAUAGCUCUGAACGAAGUCGGGUUCGAGAAUGUCGCCUUGCACGCAAUGAUUCCACAAAAAGUUAGGUUGGCAGCCCUUGCCAAGUUCAAGACAAAUUUGGUUAAAAUACUUAUUGCUACCGAUGUCGCCAGU